GCCCAUCACUAACGCUACCCAUAUACAACAGCCAACUACUAUGUCCACUCUGAUCUCAUCGGUAAUCUGGGUACCACGAGGUCGGGCUUCGGCUCGACCCACCAACUACACCCUGGACGAAAACGAACUCGAACGGGUCGGCAAGAUGGGUGGGGAAGGAGCUCUCGAAAAGCUCAAGGCUGAGAUGGAGAGGAUGGAACUCGGUGGUGGAGAGCACCAAGCGGCAGGGAGCGAUGAUGAUGAGUGGGCCGAUGAAUCUGACUCGGGCGAAUCCUCAACCUCAUCAAAAGAAGGCAAAGAAGGUGCUGACGCUGAUGCCGACAUGGACGUCGAGGACGACGAGGACAAGCCUACGGGACCUUCUGACCCCAACGACCUGUCCGCUUACAACUUGGACAACUACGACGAGGAAGUCAGUCGAGGGACAGCGAUGGGAGCUUUCUCGAAUCUCGGAGGAUUGAAGGUGCAUCAGGAUAUCAAUGACGACCCUUAUAUCACGCUCAAGGAAGAUCCUGAAGAGCAAAACGUCGACCGCGAAGCCCUCGAAAUCCUCCCUUCCGACUCUAUCCUCAUCACUGCCCGAACCUCUUCCGACCUCUCUUCCCUGGACUACCACGUCUACGACGAACCUAACGACAACCUCUACGUACACCAUGAUCUCAUGCUCGGUGGCUGGCCUCUCUGCGUCGAAUGGCUCGAUUUUCCCGCACACGGCUCGACAGGAAAGGGAGCGUCCGAGGGUGAACCUUCCGGGUUCGGAAACUAUAUCGCUGUGGGUACGAUGGACCCGACAAUCGAAAUCUGGGACAUGGACAUGUUGGACCCGAUCUACCCUACUGCGAUGCUCGGUCCCGCUCCUGGGUCCUUGACGGAUCCGAUCCCGAAAGCCAAGGGGACAGGCAAGAAGAAGAAGAAGCUUCUCCAGACCAACUCUGAGCACCACGUGUCUAGCGUGACCUCGCUCUCUUGGUCCGGGUUCCACCGAAAUUUGUUGUUGUCCUCUUCGGCGGACGCGACGGUGAAACUUUGGGACCUCUCCCGUCCGACCCCUCAGGCUGCGAUCAGGUCGUGGGACAACAUUCACCCCAACGAAAAGGUUCUCGCCGUCGAGUGGAACAAGCACAAGAGUGGGGAGAACAAGACGGUCGUCUUGAGUGCUGGGGAGAGAUCGGUCAAGGUCUGGGAUACGAGAGCGAGCGAAGAGGCUUUGGGUACGGGCAAGUUGGGAAGCGAUGUUGAGGCCAUCAAGUGGGAUCCUUGGACCGGGAUGGAUUUCUUUGUCUCGCUGGAGAACGGUCUCAUCCUCGCUUACGACGCGCGAACGCUCUCCUCGCAAGCUCAGCAAGGAUCCGGACCCGUGCCUCAGCCCAAGUAUACCAUCUCUGCACACGACGGUCCGGCUUCCGCAUUGGAUAUCAACCCGCAUAUUAGAGGAUGUAUCGCUACGGGAGGGAUGGAUGGAAAGGUCAAGAUCUGGAACGUCAACGAGGAGGACGGCGGCAAGAGGGAUGUCUCGUUGGCUGUCAGCCGAGAUUUGGGUGUAGGCAAGGUCUUCACCGUCGGCUUCUCGCCAGACUCGCCGCUCACGCUCGCGGCCGCCGGAUCUGCUGCCAAGGUCAACAUCUGGGAGAUCGGUGGGAACAACUCGGCGAGGUCCGUCUUUGGGCCUAAGCUUCGGGCUGCGGGGCGAGAGUUGAGGGACAAGCCGGUUGCGAAUGGGGGUAUCAUCGGCGUGGAGGAUGACGAUGAGGACAGUGACGAAGAGUAGAUCAGAAGAUGAAAGGGGAAGGGAGGGAAGGAGUGAGGGGGUUUGAGCGUCGAUAGAGUUUGGAUUUGGAUUGUAAAACAUGUGGAGGCAUACCCGUCAAACGCCCUUCAUUCAGUGAGAGAGCGCCGAGACGAACAGAGCCAUGCUGUCUGUACCGAAGGACGUAGAGCUACAGGUCGGGGCGUUUCGAGGGUUCUGCUCUUCUGCUCACAGGAUCACACGGCCAUGAGACGAAC